AUGAAGAACCUGGCUGAAGAGGGCUUUGACGUGACGGGCUUUGAGCGCAGCAGCUCGAUUGGCGGCGUCUGGAGCUAUGAAGAUACGCCGACAAAAACAACAGCUCUCAAGAGCACAUAUGCAAACGGGUCAAAGUACAAGAUCUGCUUCACGGAUUUUCCAUAUAGUGCUGUGGUCAGGUUGACCGCUGACCUGUUGGUGCAUCUCCGCUUAGACACACCAGCCUUUCCGCACGCCAGUCAGGUUCACCAAUACCUCAAGGACUAUGCGGCACAUUUCAAUCUAUAUGGCUCAGUACAUACGAACAUCGACAUCCUCGCCAUCACACGUAACGAAGAAGAUGUGUGUUGGGACUUACGCCUCCGUAAGAACACUUCCGUGGCGGCAGAGGUUGUGAAACAAUUCGAUCGAGUUGUCAUUGCCACAGGGAUCAAUCAGAUCCCUGUCAUCCCUGAGAUAGAUGGGAUUGAAAAGUUCCGAGGAACGGUGAUCCACUCCCAGCAAUUCAAGAAUCCGGAUGCAUUCACAGGACAACGAGUACUCGUCGUCGGCCUGAAUAAUUCCGCUGGAGACACAGCUACAAGUCUGCUAGGGCACGCGGCGAAGAUAUAUCUGAGUCACAGGGGCGGGACCAUCUUGCUCAAACGAUGGAACAAGAACAAGCCCGUCGACCACGACAUCUCAUGGACGCGGCUGCAGAUCAUGCAGAAAUACAUGGACUACGUCCCCAGCCUCUACAACUGGUCCGUCCUCCAGCUGCAGAACAAACUCUGCCCCGUGCUGCCAGAGUGGAAGCUCAACGACAACCUGCCCCCCUUCACCCAGCGCCUGCCCCUGAUCAACGACUCCCUCGUCCCCGCAAUGCACGAAGGGAAAAUCAUCCCCGUAGCCAACCUAGCCACAAUCCUCGACGCACACACCGUCCGCCUAGCCGACGGCACCACAAUCCCCGACCUCGACGCCAUCAUCUUCUGCACCGGGUACAGACCCGACUUUUCCAUCCUGGGCGCCUACGAAGCCCAGUUCACCAGACCAUAUCGGGGCCACGUACCCGAUGACCAGGGGUCCUCGUCCUCCCCAGCAAAGCAACUCCCGCGCUUAUACCAGAACAUCUUCUCGCUCGAGUACCCCGACUCACUCGCAUACAUCUGCGGCGUUGGAUUCCAAAUGCCCGUGUUCCACGUCUACGACCUGGCGACCAUGGCGCUCGCGCAGGUGUGGAAGGGGGCUGCGCAAUUGCCAUCGGGUGAGACGAUGCGCGCGCAGGCCGAGCGGCACUAUGAGUGGCUGUUGGAGCGGGAGCGAUGGGGCAACGGCAAUACCAACGGCAAUGACAACGGCACGGUGCGGAGGAGUGUGCAUACCGACCUGGUGCAGGCGCCAGAGUGGUAUCGGUGGGUGAAUGAGACGGCGGGGACGGGGGUGUAUGAGAAGUUAGGGUACGGGGCUGAGGGAUGGAGGUUCUGGUGGUGGGAGCGCGAGUUCUGCGGGACGCUGAUGCAUGGGAUGUUUAGUCCGCAUACGUAUAGGCUUUUUGAGGGUGGGCGGCGUAAGAGGUGGGAUGGGGCGAGGGAUGAGAUCUUGAGGGUUGUUAGGGAGAUUGAGGAGAUGGGCCGGGAUGGUGCUGGGGAUGGUAUAGGGGGGAAGAUGGAGUAG